AUGCAGGCAGCUCUUAUGCUAAGAAGCAAAUCGCGGGAGAGAAGAAAACAGCGUUUAAAGAGAGGAAUCAAGCACGACUUGCCGAGCAACAUAGCGACCAAACUGAUCGCGCCCUUCCCGAGAUACCCUCCGGCGUCAUGGUGCGCGGCCGGGCGCGCGGCCUGGGCGGAGGCGGCGGCGCUGUCAGUGGGCGGCGGGUGCGCGGGCGCAGGCGGCGCGGCGCGGCGCUGCUCCGUGCUCGGCGACCACCCCGGGGCAAGGAAGGGCCAGACCGGCAAAUGGCACAGGAACAACCGGGUGCGAGACGCUUCGUACGGUUCGUCGUCGGAGUCGGACGGCGAGGCGGACGGCGCGGCCGGCGACACGUGGGGCGUCGCGCGGCUGCUCUACGCCGGGCUCGGCACGCUCGCACUCGGCCUCGUCGUCUACUUCGUCGGCACCGGCGACAAGGGUUUCAAGACUCCAGCUCUACGCCUGGUGGGUCCGUCGCUCAUUGUUGCAGGUCUGGCCUGCUGUCUGCUGCGUAUUCUCUUCUGCAUAUUUGCGAAGCCUUGCUGUCGACGGCGAACCAUCUACAAGGAGAACAGAAGACUGUCUGGGUGCGGGGAAGGCGAGGAGAUGCCUUUGGCGGGAAGUGCAGGGGGCGCCGCCUCGACGCCUCGUCCUGCGACGUGUCCUCGCUGUCCAGCGGCGAGGAGGACGAGCGCCUGCGCCGAUACCGCACCGCCUCGCUGCAUCCACCCCCACUACAUCAGGUCACGUCGCACCAGGGGGCAAGCUCACCAAAUGGGUUGCAGCAGAGCGGGUCGCAUGGGUCACACCACAGCGGCCUGCAGCGGAGCGGGUCGGGGCACAGCCCGGUGCCGGGCCCCGCGCGGGGCGCGGCGGCGCACAGCGUGCCCGCGUCGCCCAGCCCGGGGGCGCAGGCGCCGCCGCUGCCGAGCGCGCUGGCCGGAGCACCAGCUCGCCGCCCGCCCCCGCGCAACGUCUCCUUUGCCGGUGGACCAGACGGCGAACUCGUGCUUAGUCCUGCACAGCUACGCUCCUAACCCUCAAGCAAUAAUGGUUUUCGCAAUACUCCCUUUUUUACCAAGAUACUCUUCGGACGAUGUGACUAUAUCGAUGCGAACCGCUACGAAUAUCGGUUAUGUGAUAGCGAGAGACUCUUGA